AUGAGCGCUGGAAUGGCGAAGGCGGUGAAGCCUUCCUCUCACGCCGACCCCAAAUCUGCUCUCCUGAAGGAGAUCCCAGAUAUCCUGGUGGAUCCCCGCACCAGAAAGCACUACAUGCGGGGACGCUUCCUCGGUAAAGGAGGCUUUGCCAGGUGCUAUGAGAUCACGGACAUGGACACGAACGAGGUCUUUGCAGGAAAAGUGGUUCCCAAGUCGCUUUUAAUGAAGCCGCAUCAGAAAGAGAAGAUGAGCACCGAGAUCGCCAUCCACAAGAGUCUGGAUAAUCCGCAUGUGGUCGGGUUUCAUGGCUUCUUCGAGGACGACGACUUCGUGUUUGUUGUGUUGGAGAUCUGUAGAAGAAGGUCCCUUUUAGAGCUUCACAAGCGUAGGAAAGCUGUAACUGAGCCCGAGGCGAGGUACUUCAUGCGCCAUACCAUCCAGGGUGUCCAUUACCUCCAUAACAACAGAGUUAUCCACCGUGAUCUUAAACUGGGCAACUUGUUUAUCAAUGAUGAAAUGGAGGUUAAAAUUGGUGACUUUGGCCUAGCCACCAAGAUCGAGUUUGAUGGCGAGCGGAAGAAGACGUUGUGUGGCACACCGAACUACAUCGCACCUGAAGUGCUUUGCAAAAAAGGCCACAGUUUCGAGGUGGACGUCUGGUCCCUGGGCUGCAUUCUGUACACACUUCUGGUUGGUAAGCCACCAUUCGAGACAUCCUGUCUGAAGGAGACCUACGUCCGCAUCAAAAAGAAUGAGUACACCAUACCCAGGCACAUCAACCCAGUGGCGGCUGCACUAAUCCGCCGGAUGCUGCACGCAGACCCCACGCUCCGACCCUCUGUGGCAGACCUGCUUUCAGACGAGUUUUUCACCUCAGGUUACAUUCCCUUGAGACUGCCCACUUCCUGCCUCACUGUACCUCCGAGGUUUUCCAUCGCUCCCUCCAGCCUGGAGGCCGGCCUGCAUCGGAAACCCCUCACAGCUUUGAAUAAAGAAACAGAUAGUCCAGUUGAGAAAAUGGGAAAAGUGGAGCAACCACAAAAGGAGGAACCACAAAGGGAGGGAGCCGAACAGCCCGACUGCCACCUGACUGACAUGCUGCAGCAGCUGACAGUCGUCAACACAGCCAGACCAUCGGAGAGAGAACUCAUCAGACAAGAGGAAGCUGAGGACCCAGCCUGCAAUCCCGUUUUCUGGAUCAGCAAAUGGGUCGACUACUCAGAUAAAUAUGGUCUCGGUUAUCAGCUGUGCGAUAACAGCGUCGGGGUCUUGUUCAACGACUCCACCCGUCUGAUCAUGUACGAAGACGGCGACAGCCUUCAGUACAUCGACCGCAACACCGCCGAGUCCUACCUCAGCGUCCGCUCCUAUCCCGCCACGCUCGCCAAAAAGAUCACGCUGCUGAGGUAUUUCAGGAACUACAUGAGCGAGCACUUGCUGAAAGCGGGCGCCAACAUAACGCCACGCGACGGCGACGAGCUCACCCGCCUGCCUUACCUCCGCCACUGGUUCCGUACGAAGAGCGCCAUCGUGCUGCACCUGAGCAACGGCACCGUCCAGAUCAACUUCUUCCAGGACCACACAAAGCUGAUCCUGUGCCCGCUGAUGGGCGCCGUGACGUACAUCAACGAGCGGCGUGAAUUCUGCACCUACAAGAUUAGCCUGAUCGAGGAGUACGGCUGCUGCAAGGAGCUGGCCUCACGCAUGCGCUACGCCCGCAGCAUGGUGGAGAAGCUGCUGUCCUGUAAGAACACAGCCAGCGCUCCCGCCGCCUCCGCCGCCCGCUAGUCUACCGACCGGUCGUGGAUUCUUCUUUUUUUUUACAAGUCUUAUAUUUGCGUGACUGAACCCUGUGAACCCUCCUCAUAGGGGUUGUGUACCUAGUCCUGUUUCUUGUUCUUGUCCUUUCCUUUCUCUCCCCUCCUCCCGUCCCAUUCGGGUGGGAAGCUUAAUGUGAACGUGGUCGUUUUCUGCUGCAUCAUGUUUUUCUCUGUUUACUGUUUGUUCUUUUUAAGAUGCUCAGUUACUCUUCGUCUAUCAUAUGUAUAAAAGCUUUAGACUGGAUAAUAUCAACAAGUUAUUGAGAUUUUAUUAAAGUGCCCAUUUAAUAAA